AUGUCCCGGGAGCGGCGGCGGCAGCGCCGUGCCCCGCUGAUCCCGCGGGCCCGCGGCGGGCGGGCGCGGCGCGCCGUGCUGGUGCUGCUGGGCGCUUGUGCCGCCGCUCUGCUCCUCGCCGGGCAGCCCCUCGUGCCCACCGCCCGCAGCCUCGCCUUCCACUUCGCCACCCUGCAGGCCGGGGAGCUGCUCAAGGGCCUCUGCUACCUGGCCGAGGAGAUCUUCCACGUCGACUCCAGGCACCACGGCAGCUUCUGGAGGGCCCUGAGCAGCUGCCUCUCCCCACGCUGGCAUGGGCCCAUGCUGCUCGUCUGUGGCUCAGCCUGCGUGGCUCUCCUUGGUGGUGGACAGAAACUCGGCCUCCACCUCAUCUUGGCCAGUCUGUGCCAGCUCCUCAUCCUUGCCCUGGGCCUGCAGAAGCCCUCAGCAGUGGAGAUGUCUGAGAUGUCCGAGAGGUCCAAGCAGAACGUUGCUCAUGGGCUUGCCUGGUCCUAUUAUGUCGGGUACCUAAAAAUAAUCCUGCCACGGUUGAAAAAGUCCAUGGAGGAAUUCAGCAGAGCCAAUCCCAACCUGCCAGCGUGCAGGAAGACCUGGAAGCUCCACAUCUUGUUCCCUCUGAGCUGUGAGAUCUAUGAUGACCUAGAGAAAGCUGACAGCAAUAUCCAGUAUGUGACAGAGCUCACUGAAACCAUCCUGGCCCGAGCAGGCAUCAAAAAGAGGGUCUACAAACACAGCCUCUAUGCAAUCACAGAUGAAGAAAACCAGCUCUGGCACUGUGCUGUGGAAUAUGCCACCCCGCUGCAGACCCUCUUCGCCAUGUCCCAGGAGGACUGUGCUGCCUUCAGCCGGGAGGAGCGCCUGGAGCAGGCCAAGCUUUUCUACAGGGCCUUGGAGGAGAUCCUGAGAGGCUCCAAGGAGUGUGCAGAUGCCUACAGGCUCAUUGCCUACGAGGAGCCAGAAGAAGCAGAGCCCCACUUUUUGUCCAGGGAGAUCCUGUGGCACCUGCGGCAGGAGCACCUGGAGGAGAUCGCCGUGCUGGAGCGGAGCCACCCGCACACCCCGUCCACAGCCCUGGACUCGGCAGAGCUCAACCUGCAGAUCAGCGUGUCAGACCUGCCGCAGCCCCUGCGCACCGACGGCUUCUGACACACCCCUUGCUGCCCCUCGGUCACCCUUGCCCAGCCCGGCCUCUUGGAGCAGUGCCAGCCAUGGCUGCACCCCCAGCUCCCCCCAAACCUCCCGUGCAGCCCCGAGCAGCUGACUCAGCCCACAGCCCUGUGACACGCUUCCCAUUUUCUUUGUUAUGUGCAGCUCUGAUGUUCUCCUGUGGGUGUAUUGGGGUUUUUUAUCUGUUUUUUUGGCAUAUAAAACACUUUCCUCUUCUGGACAA